AUGUUUUGGAAGCUUGCACGAGUCAAGGAGCUCAUAAAAAGCCAGGACGGUGUAGUUCGGGCAGCAAAGAUUUGCGUGGUAAAUUCGGCAAAGGAGCGUGUGAUUGAAUUACGACGGCCAAUACAACAUUUAAUUCCUCUGGAGCUGAAAUUGAGUCCAGAUACAGAGGACGUGCCGCCAGCUAUUGAAAGUGCAUCGAAAGAAAAAGAAUCGACCAUACAGCGACCGAGACGAACUGCAGCGGUAGUUGGAGAACUUUUACGAAAGGGGAUGAGAUAA